UGGGCAAGUCACCGAAUUCGAAUCUCACACCCCCACCACCCACCAACACCGUCAAACUCGUUAGACAGUCUUUUAGACCUUUCGAAUAAUACAGCAAACGUUCUGACUUCGAUAUUGAAUACCAAGAAAAUUCCAAAAUUUUGCACUAAUGAGCGAAAAAACCACCCAGCCUGGCGUUUCGCCGGAUGAACGAGUUGCCAUUGGUAUAUCUUAUGGCAAUUCGUACAGCUCCAUCGCCUGCACGAUUGACGAUAGCCCUGUCGUAAUUGCAAACGAAGACGGAGACCGACAAAUCCCUACCAUCCUAUCAUAUGUCGAUGGCGAAGAGUACACCGGAAAUCAGGCCAAGGCUUUCUUAGUCCGGAAUCCCAAGAACACCCUCAUUUCCUUCAAGGACUUCCUCGGUCAAGAAUUCAAGUCGAUUGACCCCACACAUUGUCACGCCGCUGCUCAUCCCCAGGACUCGACUGGUACAAUCUCUUUCACAGUCCAAGACAAGGUAGAAGGAGAAGAACCCUCGAAUCUCUCCGUAAAGGACGUAUCUACCCGCUAUCUACGUCGCCUCAUACAAUCCGCUUCGGACUACCUCGGAAAGAAGGUCACCUCUGCUGUUAUAUCAGUACCUACCAACUUCACAGAAGCUCAGAGAGAGGCAUUGAUCCAAUCGGCGAAGGAUGCCGACCUUGAGGUUCUCCAGUUGAUCAACGAGCCCAUUGCUUCCGUCCUUGCCUACGAUGCGAGACCAGAGGCCGAACUAAAAGACAAGAUAAUUGUGGUGGCUGAUCUUGGCGGUACUCGUUCGGAUGUUGCCGUGGUGGCUUCAAGGGGCGGACUUUACACGAUUCUCGCGACAGCCCACGACUAUGAGUUUGCUGGUGUCCAUUUAGAUGGUGUCCUUAUGGACCAUUUCGCGAAAGAAUUUAUGAAGAAGAAUGCUAACGUCGAUCCUCGCGAGAAUGCAAGGAGCUUAGCUAAGCUUAAGGCUGAAUCCGAAGCUGCCAAGAAGGCACUCAGCAUCGGUAACAAUGCCAGCUUUAGCGUCGAGAGCUUAGCGGAGGGUAUCGACUUCCAGACCACCAUUAACAGACUGCGAUAUGAGACAAUUGCGCGUAAGGUCUUUGAGGGGUUUAACCGAUUGGUUGACGGUGUCAUAAAGAAGGCUGGCUUGGACGUACUCGAUAUUGAUGAGCUGAUUCUGUCUGGUGGCACAUCUCACACACCUAGAAUCGCAUCUAAUUUCCAGGCGAUAUUCCCAGAGACCACCAUUAUCCAGGCCCCUUCAACCAGCGCCAGCGCUGUCAACCCCUCGGAGCUUCAAGCUCGUGGUGCAGCCCUCCAGGCAUCGCUAAUCCAAGAAUACGAAGCUGACGAUAUUGACCAAUCGACACACCCCGCGGUCACGACCGUCAAGCACAUUACAAAUGCUAUUGGUGUCAUCUCAUUAUCUGAGGAAGGUGAAGAAAUAUUUACACCUGUUAUUGCGCCGGAAACCGCCGUCCCUGCUCGCCGAACCGUGCAUAUCGCGGCUCCCGAGAACGGAGGUAGCGUCUUAGUGAAGGUCGUUGAAGGUGGUACCCACAUCAAGGUGACGAAGCCGGAGCCUAAGCCGAAAGAGAAUGGCAAGAAAGAAGACGAUGACGACGAGGACGAUAGCGACUUCGACUCUGAAGAGGAAGAGGAGGAGCACCGAGAAAAGAUCUGGAAGAUUGGAACUACUUUGGCCGAAGCAGCUAUCCGGGACGUCAAGAAGGGAGGAAAGGUCGAAGUCACGAUCAACGUCGCGGGCGACCUCGCAGUCACCAUCACGACGAGAGAAGUCGGCGGCAAGGGCGGUGUCAGGGGUACUCUAAAGGCUCCAUGAGGAUAAACUAUCUACCUAAUGUUUUUACGCCUGCCCCUUUCCCCUUGAUUUCGGUCUAAUGAUAUCUAUUGAAUAAGGGGUUCUGCAAUGCUUGGCGUGGCGGGCUCUAGAUACGUGAUAGAUGGACGGGUGGAACUUAUGUCAUGUGGAAUGUGGGAUGCAUCCGAUGUUCCACCGUCUUGGGGGCAGCAUACCUACACCUGCUUCUAGGUACGAGGUAGGGCAGACAGGUUAUACAGAAUAGACGAACGGUAUCUUGCACAAAAUAUCACGAUUAUUAUCUCACUUGACUCAAUCAAACGUGCUCGUAAAGAGUUUAAG